UCGACGUAAGCGGAAGAACUAUGGUGUGAAAAAAAAUGAUCCGCUGACACAGAAAACCGAGAAACACUAAACCACACACACACACACACCCACAGAGUUUAAUCAUUCUCAAACUCAGUAAUACAGAGGAUUUUAAAGAUCCAGGCGUUUCCGGAUGAAACCGCGGGGGUUUAGAGGAUAAAGUCACCGCUCGGGACACUAAACGAGCUGGGGAUGGAGGAGGUCGGUGUCAGCGCUGCCGCAGUGCUGCCCGGAGCACCCCAGCCCACGUUCUGUCGGACCUCUGCGUCCGAGCGCCGCAUGCGCAAGUCCGGCUCAGCGAACAUCUUCCAGGGCGUGAACCUCCGGCAGCUCAGGCGCCUCUUCCACUCGGCCGGGGAACCAGACGCCGAGCAGAAAGCCAGACAGGUCUGGAGGAACCGGAGAAGGGCUGAAGGAGACGAGGAGGAUGGGGACGGAGAUGAGGUCGAGGAGGAAGAGGAGGAGGAUGAAGGGUUGGCGCAGGCGCUGGUGGGGCUCCGGGUCAGGGCGAGGAACCGCAGCGGGAUCCGAGCUGAGACAAGCAGAGGGAUCCGGGCGUUCGGGCACAGCAGAGUGAACGAGCGGACGCCAUCCGAGGUCACGGCUGAUGAUGAUGAUGUCACGGCUCGGGGAGCCUGCGUGGGGCAGGGGGCCAAGUCAUGUGACCCAGGGGACGAGGAAGACGUGCGGGCGACGUGGAGCCGGGACGAGAAAGAUCCGGAACGCUACCUGCACCGAAUACGACACUGACAUCGCAGCUCGCUAUGCGAAAACUACAUAAACACCACGAUGUAGCUGCAACACUAAACGCGAUUCGCCGUAAGGGAGCUGAAACGUGAACACUAUGAUGGAGAGACACUACAGAGCUGCUCAUGUGUGUUUACUGCAAAAAAAAAAAUGAUUUAACAAAUAUGACCUGACAAAAACAUUACUACACUAGUUUACUACAAAAACAUUACUGCGUUAACAUGUAACACUAUCCGGCAUGUGCUGUUAAUCGGUUAUACGAUAUAUCGUGACAUUUAACACAUAUUACUGAUAUCGUGCACACUUUGAUAAUGACAUCACAACUUGUGUUUUAUUUAGGGGAGGUCUUGUGCUGCGGAGCAAACUAUUUUUGGACAAAUUUUGGACAUAUUUAAGGCAGUACACUACAGGACGAUGAUGCAUAGUGAAGAUGAAAUUAGACAAAUUUCAUCUAUGGUUAAAGAUGCUGCUAAAAUAAUAAGGAGAAAUAAAAUUGUGGCAAAAACAAUUUGGUUGUAGCACUUUUGGUGCUUGGACCCCUAACAUCCUGAAACUUAUUUUCAGUCAGUUAAUAUUUUUUCUGUUUCUUCUAUCAAAAUGUAGCGUGUUUUACAAUCCAAAUUCGGAAUCUGAAUUUAGACGCAUUUCUGGUUCCUUUUUUGACUCAUGAGGUUUCUCGAAUUAGGAAAGAAAAAUGUGUUUUGGUUCCAUAUCAUAUGAUUAUUAUUAUUAUUAUUAUCAUUAUAAUAAUUAUUAAAAUAAUGUAUUUGCUUCACGCAAUCUGGUGAUGUCACUGCACCCAUUUAACCAAAAUUACAGGUUUAGAACAGUAUAUAGUUUUUAUGCACCGUACCAAUGUCAUUACAGGUCUAACAAACUUCUUCCUGAGGCUCUUUUACGUAUUAAAGUCUUCGUGCGUUAUCAGCAUUGCGAUAACGAAUAACAAACGAUACAUCGUGCUGCUCUGAUUCUCAGCACAUGCCUCACUGUGUAAUACUCUUAAUACUCAGUUUAAAUAAACACAAACCGCAGGCUGGAGGUUGAUAUUUUCAAGGAUUUUGGUGGACAUCUUGCCAACCUCAGAAACAGCCUGAUUUUUUUUCUUCUUCCUCUGGACCAGCCAUAACAAGCGUCUUUACUCUAAAAUGGACGACUUCCCCGGUCUCCGUGUGGACGUGUAGUUUGAGCUGGACCGCCUGGUAGUACUUGAGUUUGACGUCGUCGUCUUCUUCUGUAGCAUGUUAGCAAUAUACACUCCAACGUUGGGAAAGUUCUGAUGAUGAAUAUGCAUCGAAGAGCAAUCGCUCAUUCUUCCACAUUACAGUUUUUAAUCAUGUGUACUGAGAUAGUGAGUAAAUCAACAGACUCCAUCAUGAUGAUGAUGAUGAUGAUGAUGAUGUAAUGUGACAUUAUAAUAGUGUAGAAAUAAUAUCUAGCUUCACUGUAGUUUUUUUUUUUUUCCUCCGUUGUGGAAUGAAAUAAAUAUAAGUGAAAGCAGUUCUAACAGGAAACGUAGCUGGCUGUAUUUUCCGGACAUUUUAGAAAAAAAAGGUUCUUCAGGAGGUCUCUGGGGGGUUAAUAGUUGCGUCGGUUGUUGCAGGAUUCCCAAGACACAGUACUCUUUAAAAGUGCUAAAUGGAGCUUUUUUUUUUUUUUCCCACUAAAAGGAAUCAUGUUAUACAUAUUGUACGAACACAUAAUUUACAGUAUUUUACAGUAGCCAGAGUACUCCAGGGAUUACGGUAGUUUGCUUAUUACUUAUUGACAAACAAUAGCUAAUAACAGGGUUUUUAGCAUUUCAGUUCAAUCAAUGUAUUUUAGACUUCAUCAUUUUGACACCAGGGCAUUAUGGGUAAUUAGCAUUAUAGGUAUUCUUCAAGGCUACAUAUUUAGUCCACAAAUUUUAUUUAUUUUUAAGACCAUUAUAUUUUUUUAAAAGGAGGUCACAGGGAUUAAGAUCGGGACUGUAGCAAAUUGAAUUAUGGCAACACUAACAGGACAAAAACGAAACGACACUACACCCGGGGGGACAGAAGGACGGACGGACGUAAAGCAAUAUAUAUGUUAAAUUUAGCGUGUGAUUUUAUAUGCUGGAGUCCGGAAAAUAUGGCGUACCUCUGAUAUUAGUGUAGUAUUGUUAGAAAAGUAAGACGUGUUUUAUAUGGAUCUAUUUGAAAACCAGGAUUUCUAAUCAUUAAUGUAGCUGCAAUCUUAAAUUUCUAAACAUAACACUCUAUAUUAUAAUGCCUUAGCACAAGAGUUCAUUGUUUUGACUGUUUUUUUUGGUUUGUUUUUUUUUUAAAAGAUGUAUUUCUAUCUUCACUACAUUCAGUGUAUUGUUUGUUGUAUUUUUGUGUCAAGCUGUGAAUUUGUGAUUGUGCUAUUAAAAAAAAAAAAAGAAAGGAAGCUUCUGGAAACAUUUCCUGGUCCUGUUAUAGCUUAUAUUUUCUUGCUAAAUUACAUUACAUACAAAUUUAUACAGUGCAUCGCCAUGACAUUAUAAGGUCAGUUUCUUCGACUCAGUGAAGUAAAUACAUUGCUAAUUAAAAAAUAUCUGCUUUUCAAAAAAAAAAAAAAAAAAAAGGGGGCGCAGUCCAGUGUUUCUGCACAUGCUCAGUCGGGACUCGGACAGCCGCACGCACGUGAUGUAGAAAAAAUAUAUCAUGUAAAAUAAAACAUUGGCGAGG